UCCGGACAGAACCAGCUGAGCAAAAGCCUCGUGUGGUGAUAGAAUCUCAGUGGUGGAAGCCUUCCUUGAGGCGUCGCAGAUUGAGUCAAGAAGCGAAAGAAAGGUAGAAUAGCCCACCGAGACAGGGAGCACGAAAGAGGAGAGUGUCUUCCGUAUCAAAGGCCUCGAGCUGCGAAAAGUAGCAUAGCAAUGUGACCUUUGAAUAAGGAUAUCGCCUCAAAUGAGAGUGAUCAACCCGGCGUACCCUCUGCCUUCUAGGGGGAAGACAAAAUCAACGAGGGUGGAGGUGACCAGGGUAUGUCAGCCUUCAACUGUGCCCACCGAUGCCGUGCCGUUCGUGAAGCAAGAAGUGGGCCGCUAUGGGCGAUCAAACAAGGACCAACCUACACCACACUCACAAACUAUUGAUACGGGGAAGUGUGGGAAGUAUGGAUGCAGUGGCAGGUCGUGACCGUUUAUGAUGUUGUUUUCACCGAAACCCUCUUCCUCCCACCCUCAAAAGGAAAGGAGAGAUGUAGAACCUCGAGGGAGAGGAAGGUCGACAAAGCCACUCGCUGCGUCCAAAUAACACGGAGAAGGAAGUGGCAGCUUGACGGCACAGGGAAAUGCAAGAUGCAAGACCGGUCGCUGCUUGGGACGCAGCCUGCCUCACUUCGAGGAUGCGUUCGGAAAUGGUUCGUUUCGACGGCGAACGGUGGCCGAUGUGGUGGACCGCCUGCGCUCCCCUUGCAAAGGAUAAGUGACCCGUCUUCUCGGUUGUUUAGCAGCGUCAAUUAUGAUUUGAUCUUGACGUUGGGCCGGGGUCAGGACAUAUGUAGGAUAAAUUUGGUUAAAGCAAUGCUCGUAGAGCACGGUUCAUGUAGGGGAAAAGGAGAGGGAAAACGAGGUCCGUCUUCUGCUGGGACGCCGGUGUGCUUUACAAUCGAACCAGACGCAAAGCAACCGAGAGAGAAGAGGGAGACAAAAGACGUCUUGUGGAGAAGUCAAGGAGUGGAGACUUCUUGGCUCAUGACAUUGUCAAGGCAAAUGGCGAUGGGAGUGUUCAAGCACAGUGACAGCGGGAGUUCAUUCAGUUUAGAUCGUUGAUUCCGGGAUCCACUACACAAGUCUCUCUGGCGGCCUUUUCUCCGCUCCCUCGUGUCUGCCACGACCCACUACAGAGCUGCUAUGUAUCG